AUGGCUCAGUCGCAGCUGAUAACCAGCAACGGCUACCCCGUAGAGGAAUACACCGUCACUACCAGAGACUCUUACGUCAUCAUGAUACAACGAAUAUCCAAAGGACGCAGAGAGACAACGGAGCAGCGAAGAAAGCCGAUCGCCUUCCUCAUGACUGGGCUUCUAAGUAGCAGUGCGGAUUACGUGGUUAAUUUGCCGGAUCAAAGCCUUGGUUUCAUCCUAGCAGACAACGGCUUUGAUGUGUGGUUGGGAAACGUCAGAGGUAGCACUUACUCAAGCCACCGCCGCCUCAAGAAGUGGCAGAAAAAGUACUGGGAUUUCAGGUAA